AUGGUCCGACAACGCCGUAAACCAGCCUCCGACACAGUCGCGACUGUCAAGAAGCCACACACAGCCGAGAUGACCGUCGACCCAGCCGCCAGAGCCGAGUCCGCGGCGGCUACGCGAUGGAGCACACGGACGCAAUGGAUCUUCUUUGCCAUUGCCAGCGGCGUCUGCGCCGCCUUCAACGGUGCCUUUGCCAAGUUAACAACAACGGAGUUGACCACGAAGCUGUCCAACGCCAUUGCGAAUCUCGUUGGCCUGUCGAAACAUGAGAGCAUUAUUGAAUAUGUUGUUCGAGCCACAUUUUUCACUCUGAAUCUUGUAUUCAAUGGUGUAAUGUGGUCGUUGUUCACGACGGCCCUGGCCAAGGGUACAUCCGCCACGCAAGUGUCCAUCAUGAACACCUCGACGAAUUUCAUCGUCACCGCGUUGCUGGGCAUCGCCGUCUUCUCUGAGAGACUCCCCCCUCUGUGGUGGGCUGGCGCCGCCCUCCUCGUGGUCGGCAACGUGAUUGCCGGGCGCAAGAACGAUAGCGACGAGUCUGCAUCCGCGGACGCUGCUGUGGAGCGGGAACCGCUUCUCCCCCGUGAUGGGCUUGAUUACGCUGAGGAGGCAGCGGAGCCUGCGGACAAGGGCGACGAGGGUCCGGAUGAUCCGGGCAUGCCAGUACAAUAG